AUGAGAGUGGCAAUAUCAGUAGAAAAAAGAGUAGCCGUCUCACUCUACCGCUUGUGCUCUGCUGCCGAAGACCGCACCAUCGCCGAAUUGUUCGCGAUUGGCCCCUCUACUGUGCUCUUGCUCUACAAAGAGUUCUGUACGGCCGUACGGAGAAACCUGGAGGACAACUGGGUGAAGAUGCCUUCGCCAACCGACAUGGAGGAGCAAAUCAGGGAAUUUUUUGUGGUCACAGGAUUCCCACAAGGUGUUGGGGCGCUCAACGGCUGCUACUUCCCAGUGUCACCGCCAAAGAAAUAUGCUUCGGACUACUACAAUUACAAAGGCUGGUAUAGCAUGAUCUUGCUGGCUCUAGUGGACCACUGGUACUACUUUAGGUACAAAAACGUCGGCUCCCUAGGGCGGUGCCACGACUCGUUUGUGUACGGAAGAUCCGUGCUCAAAGAGGCCUACGACCAGAAUUGA